CUACAGUAAUCAACAGUUGUUUGGAAACGAAUCAUCAUCUCUAUCGCCGUUUAUUGCUUAAAUUUCAAACAAGUUUUGUGGCGCAAAGGAAUAGAAAAGUUACACAAACUAAAGUUUAAUCUUGUUUAAAACAUGAGCUCCUCUUCAUCUGUUAAAGUUCCCUACGUGACACACAAUAAUGGCACUAAAAUGCAAGCAAUUGGGUUGGGCACCUACACGUCACUGGGUGGCGAUUGUGAACGUGCUGUGGGCGAUGCCAUUGAUGCAGGAUAUCGUCACAUAGAUACAGCGUACUUCUAUGAAAACGAACAUGAGGUGGGCAAAGCUGUAAGAGAUAAAAUAGCUGAGGGUGUUAUAAAACGCGAGGAUGUUUUUAUCGUUUCUAAGUUGUGGUGUCAUUUUCAUGAACCCGAACGUGUUGAAUACGCCUGUCGCAAAAGUUUAGCCAACUUUGGUCUCGACUACAUUGACUGUUAUUUAAUGCACUGGCCCUACUCGUAUGUCCAUAGAGGCGAUGAUGUUAUGAUGCCCACCAAUGCCAAAGGAGAAGUUGAAUUAAGUGAUGUUGAUUAUUUGGACACUUGGAAGGCUAUGGAGGCUUUGGUGGAAAAGGGUUUAAUUAAAAGUAUUGGUGUUUCCAACUUCAAUUCAGAACAAUUGGCCCGUCUGUUGGCCAAUUGUAAAAUUAAGCCCAUACACAAUCAAAUUGAAUGUCAUCCUGGUUUGAAUCAAAAACGUUUGAUAGCUUUGUGCAAAAAGCAUGAUAUUGUGGUGACCGCCUACUGUCCUUUGGGUAGACCUGAGCCGGCUAAAAAAAUACCCGUUUAUCUGUUUGAUGACCAAGUUAAGGCAAUUGGUAAUAAAUAUAAGAAAUCUGCAGCCCAGGUGGUUUUAAGAUAUUUGAUUGAAAAUGGUGCCGUCCCCAUUCCCAAAUCUGUUAAUAAGAAACGUUUAAUUGAAAAUUUCAAUGUUUUUGAUUUCAAAUUAUCUCCUGAAGAUCAUAAGAUCAUGGAUACUUACAAUACCGGUGAUCGUUUGAUACCCAUGGAUCAUGCCAAAAAGAGCAUUCAUUAUCCAUUUAAUAUUGAAUAUUAAUUUGGAAGGCUUACAAAAUUAAUGAGAUGUAUAGUACUAUAUAGCCAUAUAUUUUAUAUUAAAAAUAUGUAAUUUUAAAAUUCAAUUGUUAUACAGCUUUAAAUGUGCUUUAAAAUAAAAACAUUAUUUGCUAAA